AGGGGGUGAGCCCAAGGUGGGCUGGGCUGGAGCGCCGGCCAGGGGAAACGAGCCCGCCCAGGAAGGAAGGAAGGCGGUGGUUCCUCCACGGGAGUGGUGGACUUUGCUCUGGGGACGCCGCCCUUGCCUGCCUGCCUGCCGCCCUUGGAGCUCCGGCUGCAGCGAGGGAAGCCCGGGCUGGGUCAAUAUUGGCUCUCCAGGCGGGCGCCAACUCUUCUCUGGGCGUCUCUGCCAGGGGCUCAGAAGCCUUUCUGGGGUGCCCCCCUAAAGUUAGAAUGAAAGAAAGGAAAGAGAGGAGAAUGUUGACUUCUGUUUGGACAUAUAAUGGAAGGAAAAAUAGCUCAGAACGUCUGUCCUAGAUCACUCGGAUGGCUUCAGCUGCAAGAUAAUGAUGAGAAGCCCUGGCUCUGGAAAUUUUCUAACUGCUUUUCAAUUACUGAACAGAAUUUUCCCCUCACUGCAAAAACGAACAAGCCCAUGGAGAGCAGAAGAGGUGCUGCAGAGUUGAAGGAGGAUCCCUCGGCUCGCCACGCUCCUCUGCAGCCAUUCGCGGCCCUUCCCCUCCCCGACGUCCACUCUCUCCAGCCAAAGCAAAUCCAGCUUUCCCUCAACCCUAAAGUAAGCUGCUGUUCUCAUGGCUCUGACUCCUCCCCUCGGGUUCCUCAGUUGCACUUUGGUGGUGGCAGCAACGGCGGCGGCAACAUCGGUGGUGGCGGUGGUGGUAGCAACAGCAGCGGCGGCAGCGGCAGCUUGAUUCACCCUGGCACGGUCUUAAGCACCCCCGGCACUGGGACAAUCACUUGGCAGAUAGGCUCAGAGUUGGCUUGCCAGUCCUCCUCUUCGCUCAAGAACAACCCCGCAAGAAGCAACAUGGCUGGCCUGUGCCGGGAAAACCCGGUCCCUCAGUGCUCCCACUUUUCCUGCUGCGGGAAAGUCCACUUCCAAGCCUGUCCCGGGAACCUGCACAAAAUGCGUCCGUUUCCCCCCCAUCCGGGCUGCACGGCUCCUGGCUACUUUUCCUGCUCUGAAUUGAGUGGGGCGGCGGGACUGUCCGAGGAACACCUGGCCCAGCCGGAACGAAUGUCUUGCGUUUGCACCAACUCGUUGCACCUAAAGGUUUCACCUCCCCUUUGCUUAAAGGGCUCCCACCACUGCACGGAGUGUUUAAGCAAGUCGUCGCAAGAAAACGUGGUAGAAGCAGCUAAAAUGUGGCCAGAUAUUCCUCCUCCCAGUGCCCAGGUGGCACCCCUUUCUCUCCCAAUGUGUAAUGGCUGUGGAACCAAAGGAACAAGGAAAGAGAAGAGCCUUCUCUUAGCCAGUAGCUUUGGCCGGCUGACCCCCAAACACGGCUCUCCAGAAAUUGCCAUCGCGAACCAGUUGCUGGAAAACCUGCCUCCCAUUGGGGUCUUCUGGGAUAUCGAAAACUGUUCAGUCCCGUCUGGUCGUUCCGCCGUGGCGGUGGUCCAGCGCAUCCGGGAAAAGUUUUUUAAAGGCCACCGAGAGGCCGAAUUCAUUUGCGUGUGUGACAUUAGUAAGGAAAACAAGGAAGUGAUUGAGGAGCUGAACAAUUGCCAGGUGACUGUUGCACACAUCAAUGCCACAGCCAAAAAUGCUGCUGAUGACAAACUCCGACAGAGCCUUAGGAGGUUUGCAGAUACCCAUGCUGCACCAGCCACCGUGGUGCUUGUCUCAACUGAUGUCAACUUUGCCCUGGAACUCAGCGACUUGAGGCACCGCCACGGUUUCCACAUCAUCCUGGUUCAUAAAAACCAGGCUUCCGAAGCACUUUUGCACCACGCCCACAAGCUAAUCCGAUUUGAAGAAUUUAUUUCAGAUUUGCCCCCAAGAUUACCCUUGAAGAAAACAGCGUGUCAUACUCUGUUAUAUGUUUACAACUUGCCCACCAACCGAGAUAGCAAAAGUGUCUGCCUGAGACUUCGGCGCCUAUCGGACAAUUGUGGGGGGAAAGUCUUGACCAUCUCCGGCAGCAGCGCCAUCCUCCGUUUCCUCAGUCAAGAUAGCGCCGAGCGAGCCCAGAAGCGGAUGGAGAACGAAGAUGUCUUCGGCAACAGGAUAACCGUGUCUUUCACCCCCAAAAACCGAGAGCUGGCAGAAGCCAAGAACGCGGGCUCUUCUGUGGCAGACAAAGCCAAGUCGCCCAAGAAAGUCAACCGGAACGCCAAGCUGUGCCUCAUGAGCAAAACGGCGAACGACCCAUCUGCCACCACCAAGGCUGCGGCCUCAAAAGGCCCUCAAGGGCAUGGAUCCGCUCCGAAAAACACCACUGUUAAAAGCUUGCAGGAACUGUGUCGCCUUGAAUCGAAACCGGGAAGAAGCUCUGAACACCGCCAAGAUCAGCUAAAAGAGGGAGUUCCUUCAUCAAACAGCAGUUCUACCCCGGCCAGCUCUGUACUUCAGGCGACCAAGAAAGCAGGAGCAGGAGAACCUGGUCACCAUAAGAACAAUCAAAAGAAAGAGAUGAUGGCAGCCAGAAGUAUCAACAGCUCCCCAGUGGACAAGAAGGAGAAGGAGAACGCCUUCCAGGUCAGCUUUCCUUCAGCUUUCAGCAUGCUGACGGCCUCCAGACAGCACAGUCCCAUUCUUAUCUCUCAGAGUUGUUGGUCAUCGAGGAGCGUGUCUCCAAGCGUUUCCAACCGGUCUUCUCCGCUCGCUUUGAACGUCACCAAUUCUUCCAGCCAUGCAGACUGCCCAGAUCCCUUUGCAAAUGGAGCAGACAUUCAGAUUAGCAAUCUGGAUUACCGGCUCUCCCGAAAAGAGCUUCAACAAUCUUUGCAGGAUACCUUCAGUAAGCACGGCAAGGUAAAGAACGUAGAACUUAGUCCUCACACUGACUACCAGUUGAAGGCUGUUGUUCAGAUGGAGAAUCUCCAAGAAGCCAUCACUGCUGUCAACAGCUUGCACAGAUACAAAAUUGGUAACAAGAGGAUCCAGGUCUCAUUAGCCACAGGAGCUGCCAGCAAAUGUCUGGCACUGAUUAGUUCAGAAGCAGUGUCCAUUCUUCAGGACGCCCCAGCCUGCUGCCUCCCCCUUUCCAAAUUCACCGAGAUUUACGAGAAAAAGUUCGGACACAAACUGAAUGUGUCGGACUUGCACAAAUUAACAGACAUAGUAGCGAUCCGUGAUCAAGGCAACGGUCGGCUGCUUUGCCUCUUACCCAGCAGCCAAGCGAGGCAGAGCCCAUUAGGAUCUUCGCAGUCGCACGACGGCUCCUCUGCUAACUGCAGCCCCGUCAUCUUCGAAGAACUGGAAUAUCAUGAGCCUGUCUGCAAACGGCAUUGUGUGAACAAAGACUUCAGCGAGCACGACUUUGAUCCUGACUCCUACAAAAUUCCCUUUGUGGUUCAUUCUCUGAAGGCAUUUGCUCCUCAAGUUCAUAGCUUGUUACAGACCCACGAGGGGACAGUACCACUACUCAGUUUCCAAGACUGUUAUGCUUCAGAAUUUAACAGUCUAGAAAUGGUUCAAGAAGGCCAAGGAGGUGUUCCUCUGGAGCACCUUAUCUCCUGUGUUCCUGGUGUUAAUAUUGCUAUCGCGCAAAAUGGCAUCAAAGUUGUCAAGUGGAUACAUAAUAAACCACCUCCUCCUGCCACAGAACCUUGGCUGUUGCGUUCAAAGAGCCCCGUGGGCAACCCACAACUCAUCCAGUUCAGUAGAGAAGUGAUUGAUCUCCUGAAAAACCAGCCCUCCUGCAUUAUGUCCGUCAACAAGUUCAUCCCCAUGUACCAUCACCAUUUUGCCAAACAAUGCCGUGUGUCGGAUUAUGGCUAUUCCAAGUUAAUAGAGCUGCUGGAAUCGGUGCCUCAUGUCCUGCAGAUUCUCGGGAUAGGAACCAAGCGUUUGUUAACCUUAACACACAGGGCUCAAGUGAAGCGAUUCACUCAAGACUUACUAAAGCUCCUGAAGUCCCAGGCCAGUAAGCGAGUGAUAGUCAAAGAAUUCUUACAUGCUUAUCAUUGGUGUUUUUCGAAAGACUGGGAUGUCACAGAAUACGGAGUGUGUGAAUUGGUUGAUCUGAUAUCCGAAAUUCCCGACACCACUAUUUCUUUGUCGCUGCAAGACAAUGAAAUGGUCAUUUGUAUCCCCAAGAGAGAACGCACCAAGGAAGAAAUGGAAAGGACGAAACAGUUCUGCAAAGAAGUGAUUGAUUUGCUACGCCACCAGCCCUAUUUCCGCAUGCCCUUCAACAAAUUCAUCCCGUGCUAUCACCAUCACUUUGGGCGCCAGUGCAAACUUGCACAUUACGGAUUUACCAAACUACUUGAACUUUUUGAAGCCAUACCCGACGUCUUGCAGGUCUUGGAAUGCGGCGAGGAGAAAAUCCUAAUGCUAACCGAGGCGGAACAAGUCAAAGCUUUAGCUGCUCAGCUGGUGAAGUUGCUCCGUUCCCAGAAGGAUAAAUGUCUCAUGAUGGCAGAUGUCCUUGCCGAAUACGCUAAAACGUUCGGCUACCCUUUGCGUCUCCAGGACUACGACGUUGGCUCCGUUCCAGCCCUGGUGCAGAAGCUUUGCCAUGUCAUCAAGGUGGUCCAUGUAGAAUCUGGGAAACAGCUUCAGCUGAUCAAUAAAAAGUCCCUCCGGACGCUCACUUCGCAUCUUCUGGUGCUUCUCAUGACCUUGGAUGAAGCCACUGUGGUUUCUGUGCAGGAGCUUAAAAGGCGUUACGAGGCUGCCCAGGGGGCUGUCCUCAACCCGUGUGAAUAUGGCUUCAUGACCUUUAUCGAGCUUCUGAUGAGCGUGCCUUAUUUUAUCGAGGUUUUUAUUGAUGGCAAUGCAGAAUAUGUGAAGCUUACAGAUCUGUAUGUGUUUGCCAAGAAAGUGAGGAUGUUGCUUCACACCUACCAUUACCAGCAGAUCUUCCUCCACGAGUUCUCAACAGCCUACAGCAAAUACACAGGAGAAGAACUUCAUCCCAACACAUAUGGCUACAAUAACCUUGAGGAACUUUUAGGGGCAAUUCCAUCGGUAGUAUGGAUAAAGGGCCACGGUCAUAAGAGGAUUGUUGUUCUGAAGAAUGACAUGAAAACUCGUUUCAACUCUCCCAGUCUUCCCCUGGCUGACGAAAGUUACGAAAAUGAAGUGGCCGAUGGCGAUGGACAAUCCACAAAAGCAGCAGGAGUGGAGAGAUCCUUAGAUUUAAUCCUGGAAGCACCCAACAUCGUCUCCAGUCAAGCCGAGGAAGAGCUGCUUUGCCUCACCAAUGCCUCACCUGUUGAUCUAUUAUGCCAGCCGGUCCCUUCCUGCCUUCCCUCCCCACAGCUGAGACCAGAUCCAGUGGUUCUUGAAUCAACAGAUCUCAUCCGUUUUGAAGAGCACUCACCGACCCCUUCUGAUAAAGAGAUUACGACAGAUCCUGAAGAGAAGAAGGCUGCUGGUCAUUCAGAAGUUCGUAAAGAAAUCGGUCACUUCUCUGAAGCAUCUAAAGCUACGGAAAAUAUCUUAGCUACUCCCUGUUUUGCAUCCGAACAUCCGGGAUGCAGAGAAGCCACGGAAAGUCCAGCUCAGAAGCAGCCGAAGAGCCGAGUCAAAUUGGCCGCCAACUUCUCCUUUGCACCCGUAACCAAGCUUUAAAUCUCCUCCUGGUGUGAGAAGCAUCGUAUUGUUAGAUUACACAGGAAAUAAAGUCGGCUAUUCUUUUUUUUUUUUUUUUUAAUUUUUAAUCACUUUCUGGAGGGGGAAAGCCACCAAUCCGUUUCCUUUGUCAUUGUGACUGCCUUCUGUGGAAACGUUGCACAAUCUCAACCGAAGUUAGCUGGUUUUUUUUUUUUAUAAUUAUAAUUAUUAUUGGGACUUCAAAUAUUUGUUAAGAGCGAUCUAAACAUUUUACCCUUUUUUAUUCUGUCCCGUAUGGACAAAAAGCAGAUGCGAGAAGCCUUGACAAAGAGAACGGAUUUUUAAGUUUCUGAUCCCCCAAGGGCGAUGUCAAAUUCUACACGUCCUGCAUAAACCUCUCGGGCGGUUUCUAAUUUGCGAUGUUGUUGUCGGGGAAAUAACAAUGCAGUGUGUAAUUUUGUCGUGCGGAACGGCCUUUCGAGAGCCUUUUUAAAAACGGUCACUUAGGUGGGAAUGCACGGUGGGGUCUUUCACAGUUAGCUUUGUAAGGGCAAAACUUGGGAACCGGUGUGUUUUUGUAUUUUAAUUUUUUUUUUCGAUGACUUGUAAUUAACUAUUGCCAAAAACAAAAAAACACCCACCCCAAAACCCCGAUCAUAGGAGAAGUCGUUUUAAAGGCCUUCUGUGAUCAUUUAGUUCCGUCCUGGAAACUUGUAAGAAAUGGUUUUAAGCUUCCCUUUUAUGAGUGCUGCCAGUGGAUGCUGAUUUGAGAGGAAGUCGUUGGAGAGAAAGUCAUUUGAGUGCCGGGUAUUUUGAAGGCACCUUGAGGAGCCUCGGGUUGCAGUUGUUCCCUCGAGCUUGCUGGGGGCCGCUGAGAUUUCAAGAAAACAAAAUAUGCAUCGAAAUGCAUAAAUCAUGAAUCGCCACGAGGUGAGGGGAAGUUUUUUAAGAUAGGAAAGGCGAUGAUGCUUCCGCAGUGCUGAAACGGGAGCAGGAGGUAGAAACGCCAAGGUUAAAGGCCUAACCUUGUUUGCAAAAAAUUUUUAAACGUGGAAUAAAUGGGAAGCUUAAAUUUGAAUCGAUAAAAAGGUUUUUUAAUGGUGUCUGGUUUUUUUAUCCUUCCUGGUAUUGAAAGCUGCUCUUGUGUGUCGUCAUUUUUCGCUUCCAGUUCUUAAUGGGGGUAUUUUUUCUGUGGUUGUUGUGGUUGUGGCAGUUGUUGGCUUUUAGAAGGGCCAGCCUUAACAGAAGUCAGUGGGAUCCUUUUGCCUUCUUUUUAGAGAGAGAGAGAGAGAGAGAGAAACUUUAAAAACGUCUUCCGAAGGUGUUAUACCCCUGCCCGGGUAAAUCUGGUACUUACAAUGGAUUGUAUUUGCCAGGAAAGAAAAAUUUUUGUACUGCUUGUCAAAAGGAAAAGAACCUAUUAAGAGGUUUCCACUGGCUGGAUGCAGAAAUAUAUAUAUAUUUUGUAAGAAUUAUAUUUUAUAAUGGACAAGGUUGGAAAAACAAGGCUGGGGUUUUCACAGCCAGCAACUGAUGGCUAUAGGUACUGUUGUGUUUUUUUUUAAUGGAUUUUGUUUAAAAGAGGAUUUUUAAACAAAGCCAUCUAUUAAACCUUUCUGAAUUAUAUAGCCAUUAUGAACUCAAGGAAACAAUGGAAGCUUUUUUUCUGAGAUUGAGACACGACACAGUAUGUUGGCCAGGCUUACAGUUCCUCUACAGACCUAGGGCUUAUAGGAACAGUUGUUAGAUAUUUUUUUUCCCUUUCCCUCUAGUGUUUUUCGAAUAUUUGUGAGAUCAUCUCUCUGUAGCUUUAUGUAUAACCUGCAUAAAACAAAGGCCUCAAUUGUGGGUUGUGCUAAGCAGAACCUUUUGCUGUUCUGAGGUGUGAUUGCAAGUCAUCUUAAAAAAAAAAAAAAGCGAGAGCCAAGUUUUUUGGGGAGAAAAAAAAAAGAAAGAAAUCAAAAGUCCAGUAGUGUUCUGUAUUUGAAAUACAGAGGUCGCCAGGUGAUCUGUAGAGAAUAAUCCCAUCAUUAAUGGAUUCCAUGUGGCAUUCUGAACGAAAUUGCUGUUUGAAAGUUAUGCAAUGCUGUUUUGGAUAAAUUUGAAGGGUUUUUUUUUUUUUCCUCUCACAGCUCAAGAUUAUUUAAUGAAGUUUUUUUAUAAAAAAAAAAAAACCCAAAACAUACAGAGGCUUGAAAAAAAUAAUGUAACUUGACUGAUUCGAACAUAAAUUAAGAUGAUGAAAUUAACUUUAACACUUUGGUCAUUUUGAUUUCUUUACUGUUCUGAAAUGAAACCGAUCAAGGCAGCCUUCAACUAUGCACUCUGGGUGGGUGAAAAGCGACAAUGCGGCAUAUAAAUUUGUCUAAUUUGUUUGGGCACUUUUGUGGGUCAAGUGGUAUUUUGUGCGUUGGGACCAAGCAGUUGUCAAUAAAAAUUUCAAGCAAGCAA